AUGGGCGUCUCAAGGUUGUUGAUACAGAUUCCCCAGGAGUGGCAUCUCCUCGAGGGCACCAAUCGAUUCUCCCGGUACUCAGGCUGGAGUACCAUGACCGUGUUCAGUCUCAAAGAAAUGCACAUGAACGCGAAAUUCGCUUCCGGUGACCAUCCUUGUAUAUCCAGACGCAAACUUUGCAACCGUGAGAUCGUUGUGUAUGCCAGAUAUUGUUGUAAACCUUUUCUCUACGCCCCUCUCUAUUCGGUCUACCGUUUCCCCCACGAGUAUGCCGUUGUGACGUGUUCCGUAUCCUGUUUCCUGUUGUUCCAGCGUGUGUGA